AUGGGCCACAGGGCUGAGCGACUGCUGCCUGCCCUGCUGCUGCUGCUGCUGCUGCUGGGGACAGGAGCCAUCAGGGCGGUCAGCUUCCCCGAGGACACCGCUGCCCUGGACGUGGUCGACACACACUUUUCUCGCCGGUACCCCGUUUUCCGAGGCAGGCCCUCUGGUAACGAGUCCCAACACCGGCUGGACUUUCAGCUCAUGACCAAGAUCCAGGACACGCUGUUCAUCGCCGGCAGAGAUCAAGUGUACCUCGUCAGUCUGCGAGAGAGCUACCGCAACGAGAUCAUCCCGUACCGGAAGCUAACAUGGAGGUCUGGACAAUCGGACAGAAACAUGUGUGCCGUGAGGGGCAAGCACAGGGACGAGUGCCACAACUUCAUCAAAGUCCUGGUGCCGCGAAACGACGACUUGAUUUUCAUCUGCGGCACCAACGGCUUCAACCCAAUGUGCCGUUACUACAGGCUGGAUAACCUUGAAUUCGACGGGGAGGAGAUCAAUGGCUUGGCUCGCUGCCCGUUUGACUCCAAGCAAACUAACGUGGCGUUGUUUGCCGAGGGAAAGCUAUAUUCUGCCACAGUAGCAGACUUCCAGGCGAGUGAUUCUGUCAUCUAUCGGAGUAUGGGUGAUGGAUCGGCACUGAGGACCAUUAAAUAUGACUCCAAAUGGCUCAAAGAGCCCCAUUUCCUACACGCAGCAGAAUACGGGAAUUAUGUGUACUUUUUCUACCGCGAGAUUGCAGUGGAGCACAGCAAUCUGGGCAAGGUGGUCUACUCGCGAGUGGCCCGGAUCUGUAAGAAUGACGUCGGCGGGUCCCAGCGAGUCCUGGAGAAACACUGGACCUCGUUUGUGAAAGCCAGACUCAACUGCUCGGUCCCCGGAGAGUCCUUCUUUUACUUCGACGUGCUCCAGUCCAUCACUGACAUCAUCGACAUUAACGGGGUCCCAUCUGUGGUCGGGGUCUUCACCACUCAGAUGAACAGUAUUCCAGGGUCGGCGGUCUGUGCCUUCUCUAUGGCCGACAUCGAGAAGGUUUUCUUGGGACGAUUCAAAGAGCAGAAGACGCCUGACUCCGUUUGGACGCCAUUCCCAGACGAGAAACUUCCAAAACCUCGGCCCGGCUGCUGCGCGGGACACGGUGCAGCCGCUUCUCUCAAGAGUUCGGUGGAGUUCCCCGACGAAACGCUGCAGUUCAUCAAGUCCCACCCCCUCAUGGACACAGCCGUGCCUUCCAUCCGCGAUGAGCCGUGGUUCACCAAGACCAGAGUCAGGUACAGGAUGACUGCGCUGGCUGUGGACAAUGAGGCUGGACCCUUUAAGAACUACACCGUGGUCUUCAUUGGGUCCGAGUCUGGGAUCCUACUCAAAGUCCUGGCCAAGACCUCCACCUCUUCUCUGAACGACAGUGUGCUAUUGGAGGAGAUCGACGUCUUCAACAAGGCCAAGUGCCUGUCGGGCCGGGAGGACGACAGACGGGUGCUGUCUCUGCACUUGGACAAAGAAACUCACAGCUUGUACGUGGCCUUCUCCAGCUGCGUCAUCCGCCUGCCCCUCAGCCGCUGCGAGAGACACUCGCACUGCCAAAAGGCAUGCGUUGCUGCAAGGGAUCCAUAUUGUGGGUGGAAGGCUAGCGGCGCAUGUGAGAGGAUCCCGCUUGCCGUUUCAAGCGGCUUUGAGCAAGAUGUUGAACUCGGGAUCACUGCUCAUCUGGGAGACUGUCAAGCAUUUUUGGGCACUACUUCCACGCCAGAUUACAAAUCAUUUGGCGAUCCUACCUCUGACAUGGAGUUGUCAUCCAUGCCCGUCACAGAGCAGCCCCGCGGAGGGCCUUUUGUGCCCCCCAUAGACAUGCCCACUCAGGCCCCCAGCUCUAUGCCCGGCCCAGAGCUGUACGACCAGGGCUUUGUGCUGCAGGACGACCCAUCCACGUCCAAUUCUUUAGGCUCAAGGGGGCAAGAGGGUAUUUGGGACAUCCAAGCAGGGGACACUAACCAGAUGGUUCACAUGAAUAUCCUGAUCACCUGUGUGUUUGCUGCCUUCUUGAUCGGGGCUCUUGUGGCCGGACUUUUCGUCUUUUGUUACCGAGAUUCAUUCCUCCGAAAGCCAAGACAGAUUCACAAGGACCCAGAGUCUGUGCCCUCCAGCUCAGACUCCGCCGGGAGCUUUGUCAAACUCAAUGGACUGUUCGACAGCCCAGUUAAGGAGUACCAGGCAAACAUGGAGUGUCCUAAGCUGUACACCAACCUCCUGAGCAAAGACCUAAAUGCGCCUGGGCCUGACACAAAGACCAUGAUCCUCAGAGAUGGAUGUCAGCCCCCAGAGCUCGCCGCGCUGCCCACUCCAGAGUCCACUCCUGUGCUGCAGCAAAAGGGUCUGCACCCGAUCAAGAACCAGUGGGAAAGAGCUCACGGGAAGGUGUCUCGAAAAGAGUCAAACGCUCCUCCCAAGAGUCCCCAGUUCCUGUCUUCGUCUCCAGCCCAUCACACUCCUCUGGCCCUGGGACACUCACACAUCCCCAGUGCAGUAGUUCUCCCCAACGCCACACAUGAGCUGCCCAGCAUGGACUCAACUGAAGACGACUCACUGCCGCGGACCUCAGAGAGGAAACCGAGAAAUCCAGACUCCAAACGCAGCCACAAAGACCCCAAGCGAUCCGUGGACGCCAGGAACACACUAAAUGACCUUUUAAAGCACCUCAAUGACUCUGUAGGCAACCCCAAUGCCAUUAUACAAGCGGAGAGCGGGCCCCGCCCCCGCCAGCACCUCACACUGGAGCCUAUGGAGGAACUGACUGAAAUGCCCCCCAUAGUGCCCAGUCGAGAGGCGUCCUUGUACUCACCCUCCUCCUCCCUGCCCCGGCACAGUCCCACCAAGAGGGUGGAUGUGCCCAUUCCCCCCUCCCCUACCAGCCCCUCGGGCAGCCUGAGCAUGGGGGGCACGCUGGAGCGGCCCAGGUACCAGCUUCACCGGAGUGCCUCUCAUCGGGCGUCUCUGUCCACCUCCCCAAACGGGGUAACAAUGGGGGUGUCAGUCUCCCGCCAACAUAGUAUGAACAGAGGGUACAUACCCCCCACCCCUCCCUCAAGACUGGACUCUCAUUUGGGGCCCGGGGGUCAUCAGCCUUCAAUGUCUCGACAGAGCAGUUACAGCGGGCAUGGGUCUUUGCCCAGGACAGGACUGAAACGGACCCCAUCCCUUAAACCGGACGUGCCCCCCAAACCCAAUGGGUUCUCUCCACAGACUCCUCAGAUGCGAGUGGUGAACAAAUACAGUUAUUAG